GGCAAUGAGUAUGCUAAAACCAAGCAGGCUUAAGGCCCCCACCAAGAUCCUGAAGCCUGGAAGCACAGCCUUGAAGACACCCGCUGCUGUUGUCGCUCCAACAGAAAACACACCAUCCAGUGAAAAAGCCUCAAGCACUCCGUCCUCUGAGACACAAGAGGAGUUUGUGGAUGACUUCCGAGUUGGGGAGCAAGUUUGGGUGAACGGGAAUAAGCCUGGGUUUAUCCAGUUCCUGGGAGAAACCCAGUUUGCACCAGGCCAGUGGGCCGGGAUCAUUUUGGAUGAACCCAUCGGCAAGAACGACGGCUCGGUGGUAGGAGCUUGGUACUUCCAGUGUGAGCCUCUGAAGGGCAUAUUCACCCGGCCUUCAAAGCUGACGAGGGAGGCGCGGGCCGGGGCUGAAGCUGACGGCCCGCAGACGACUCCCGCUGCCAGGGCCCCUUCGCCUCAGUCCACUUCGGCAGUCAGCAUGGCGUCCUCGUCCCGAGUCACCCCCUCAUAUAUUCCCCGCAGACUGUCCCAACCCACUGCAAAAGAACCUUCAGCUGCAUCUCAGAUCAGCAACUUUAUGAAAACCGCCAGCAAAUCUAUCUACAACCUAUCAGAGGCCGGCUCAAUCAAGAAAGGAGAGAGAGAACUAAAAAUCGGAGACUGAGUAUUGGUUGGUGGCACGAAGGCUGGUGUAGUCCGGUUUCUUGGGGAGACAGACUUUGCCAAGGGGGAGUGGUACGGCGUGGAGUUGGAUGAACCUCUGGGGAAGAAUGACAGGGCUGUUGCUGGAACAAGGUAUUUUCAGUGGCAACCCAAAUACGGCCUGUUUGCUCCCAUCCACAAAGUCACCAAGAUUGGCUUCCCCUCCACCACGCCAGCCAAAGCCAAGGCCGCGGCAGUGAGGCGAGUGAUGGCAACCACGCCGGCCAGCAUGAAGUGCAGCCCAUCCACCUCCUCUCUCAGCUCCAUGAGCUCCAUGGCCUCCUCCGUGAGCAGCAAGCCCAGCUGGACAGGACUGUUGACCGAAACCUCCUCCUGUUACGCCAGGAAGAUCUCUGGCACCACCGCCCUCCAGGAGGCCCUGAAGGAGAAGCAGCAGCAUAUUGAGCAGCUGCUGGCCGAACGAGAUCUAGAGAGGGCGGAGGUGGCCAAGGCCACGAGCCACGUCGGGGAGAUAGAGCAGGAGCUCGCCCUGGCCCGGGACGGACAUGACCAGCAUGUCCUGGAGUUGGAGGCCAAGAUGGACCAGCUUAGAACGAUGCUGGAAGCUGCCGACUGGGAGAAGGUGGAACUUAACCAACUUGAAGAGGAGAAAAGGAAGGUUGAGGACCUUCAGUUCCGGAUUGACGAAGAGUCAAUUACUAAGGGCGAUCUUGAGGUGGCCACGGUGUCAGAAAAGUCCCGCAUCGUGGAACUCGAGAAAGACCUCGCUUUGCGAGUGCAGGAGGUAGCUGAGCUGCGGAGGCGGCUGGAGUCCAAUAAGCUGGCUGGGGAUGUGGACAUGUCACUGUCCCUCUUGCAAGAGAUCAGCGCCUUGGAGGAGAAGAUAGAAGCCACUCAUAGUGACCAUCAGAAAGAAGUCGCUUCUCUGAGGUAGCAUUUUGGAGCCUGGGAAGAAACACACCAGAAGGAGUUAAAGGCUCUGCAGGCCGCCACAGAGAAGCUUUCCAGUGAGAAUGAGUCCCUGAAAAGCAAGCUCGACCACGCCAACAAGGAGAAUUCAGACGUGAUCAUCCUGUGGAAGUCCAAGCUGGAAACAGCCAUUGCGUCCCACCAGCAGGCCAUGGAGGAGCUGAAGGUGUCCUUCAGCAAGGGGGUUGGCACCGAGACAGGUGAGUUUGCGGAGUUAAAAACGCAGAUAGAGAAGAUGAGACUAGACCACCAGCAGGAAAUAGAAAAGCUGCAGAACAGACAGGACUUGGAAAGGUGUGCUCACAUGAAAGAGCUCGAAGCCCUAAAGGCUAAGCUGAUGCAAGUCAUUAAAGAGAAGGAGAACAGUCUGGAAGCCAUCCAGCCGAAGCUGGACAAAGCGGAAGACCAGCACCUAGUGGAAAUGGAGGACACCUUAAACAAACUGCAGGAAGCCGAGCUAAAGGUAAAGGAGCUAGAGGUGCUACAAGCCAAAUGCAAUGAGCAAACCAAGGUUAUUGAUCAUUUUACAUCACAGCUCAAGGCUGCCAAAGAAAAGCUCUCGGAUCUUGAUGCACCUCAGAAAGCCAGCUCUGAAGGUAAAUCGGAAAUCGAGGACCUCAGACAGGAGCUCAAAGCAGCUAAGAAACGGAUUAAAAGCUUAGAGAGUGAAAAGGAUGCUGAAAGCGGCAAGGCUAGUAGCAUCACCAGAGAGCUGCAGGGAAAAGAGCUAAUGCUUAAUAACCUUCAGGAAAACUUGAGCGAAGUCAGCCGAGUGAAAGAGGCUUUGGAAAAAGAACUGCAGACUUUGAAAGAAAAGUUCGCUGAUGCUUCAGAGGAGGCAGUCUCUUUUCAGAGAAGUAUGCAAGAUAUGAAGGCAAAAUUCAGAGAGAGAGAUGAAAGGAAAGAGCAGCUAUUAAAGGCGAAGAAAAAACUGGAAAAUGACAUUGCAGCAAUAAUGAAAAUGUCUGGAGACAAUUCUUCUCAGCUGACAAAAAUGAACGACGAACUAUGUCUGAAAGAAAGAGAUGUAGAAGAAUUACAGCUGAAACUCACCAAGGCUAACGAAAACACAAGCCUCCUGCAGAAAAGUAUCGGGGAAGUAACUCUCAAAGCCGAACAAAGUCAGAAAGAAGCAGCUAAAAAGCAUGAGGAAGAAAAGAAAGAACUGCUGAGAAAACUGUCAUACCUGGAAAAGAAGAUGGAAAUGAGCCGCAACGAGUGUCAAGAUCUGAAAGCCAGGUACGAGGAAGCCAGUUCUGAGAGCAGAGCCAAGCACGAAGAAGUCCUGCAGAACCUCCACAAGCUGCUCCGGGACACAGAGGAGCGGCUGAAGGCCGCACAGGAGGAGAACUGCGAGCUGCUGCAGAAGCUGGAGGAGCUGGGGAAGCAAGCCGAAGGAGCCAAAUUGGAUACACUUAAAGACACCAACUUGAAAAACGUGGAAGAGCUGAACAAAUCAAAAGAGCUUCUGAUGGUAUAGAACCAAAAACUAGAAGAAUUAAAGAAAGUGGAAACCUUGAAGCAGGCAGCAGCUUAGAAGUCCCAGCAGCUCUCAGCGCUGCAAGAAGAGAACGUGAAACUUAACCAGGAGCUGGGGAGGAGCAGGGACGAAGUCACCAGUCACCGAAAGCUGGAAGAAGAGAGAUCUGUACUCAAUAAUCAGUUCUUAGAAAUGAAAAAGAGAGAAUCCAAGUUAAUAAAAGACGCAGAUGAAGAAAAAGCUUCCUUGCAGAAAUCCAUCAGUUUCACUAGUGCCUUACUCACAGAAAAGGAUGCGGAGCUGGAAAAGCUAAGAAAUGAGGUCACGGUGCUCAGGGGAGAGAACGCGUCUGCCAAGUCCCUGCAUUCAGUUGUUCAGUCUCUAGAGUCUGAUAAGGUGAAGCUUGAGCUCAAGGUAAAGAACUUGGAGCUUCAACUCAAAGAAAACAAGAUGCAGCUCAGCAGCUCCUCGGGUAAUACUGAUACUCAGGCAGAAGAGGACGAAAGAGCCCAGGAGAGUCGGAUUGGCUUCCUCAAUUCAGUAGUAGUAGUAGACCUUCAGAGCAAGAAUCAGGACCUCACGAUGAAGGUGGAGAUGAUGUCAGAAGCAGCCUAGAACGGGGACGGGGAUGACCUGAACAAUUACGACAGCGAUGACCAGGAAAAACAGUCCAAGAAGAAACCCCGCCUCUUCUGUGACGUAUGUGACUGCUUUGAUCUGCAUGACACAGAGGAUUGUCCCACCCAGUCCCAGAUGUCUGAGGACCCUCCCCACUCUGCACACCACGGCAGUCGGAGCGAGGAACGCCCAUACUGUGAAAUCUGCGAGAUGUUUGGGCACUGGGCUACCAACUGCAAUGAUGACAAGACCUCCCACCCAGAACUGGGCUCUCUCAGAUGUGCUAGCAUGUAGGCAACUGACCACCAGCAUUUUGCGUGCAGAAAGAACAAUAAAGGGGGGUUUUCACCUCUGAAAAAAAAAAAGAUUAAAAUCUGGAGAAGGAAAUGGCAACCCACUC